UUUCGAAAAUUAUCAUAGUCAAUCGACAAGGGUAUAAAAGACUCCCUGUCAUCCUUGCUGCAUCACAAGAUCUCACAACAUCCUAGAAGUCAGCAACAUCUCCAUCCCUGUAAGAAUCAAGAUGCUGAGAAUCACAUGUGUUGUUUUCGUCCUGGCUGUUGUUGCCAUGGUAUCCGCAAGCAAAGGAUCUCUCACCCAGGCUGUCAUUAAGGCCAGAGUAGCUGCUGGAAACUCCAAACUUUCGGUGGGCAACGGUAACCUGUACCGUGAUGCUGAAGGCAUGGCCGAGUCAUGCGACAUUAGUGUGGUUGCUGACAUCAUCGGUGGAAUUGCCUACGCCGAUGCUGGGGAUUCCGCUGAUGAUGCUCUCGCAUUUGCAUCCAAACUGGGUGCCCAAGCUGGACCAGCUGACUCUUCUUCUAUCGCCUGUGAUUCUUACAAAUGCCCGGAUGGUAACGUCAUAGGAGCAUGUGCCUUCGAGUAGAAGAAACGAUUGAAGAUAGUUGCUGAACCGGACGGACAUUCUCAUGGAUAUUCAGUCGUAUUGUAAUGAGUUCAAUUGAUAAAUAAACGAUGAUCAUCAAA